CGCUCGCUGUGGGGCUGCGAGCGAGGGGCUCGGUGGUGCCCGCAGACGGCGAUGCCGCUGCUGUUCACGCUGUUCGAGCUCGCCCGCAACCCGCCGGUCCAGGCCGCGCUGCGCACCGAGAUCCGGGCGGCGGAGGCGGGGGGGGGCCGGGAGCUGCACGCGGUGCUGGGCGCGCUCCCGCUGCUGCGCGCCGCGCUCAAGGAGACCCUCAGGCUGUACCCGGUGGGCAUCACGGUGCAGCGCUACCCCACCAGGGACGUGGUGCUCCACAACUACCGCGUGCCGGCAGGGACGCUGUGCCAGGUGUCCCUGUACGCCAUGGGCCGCAGCCCCGCCGUCUUCCCCCACCCCGAGCGCUACGAGCCCGCGCGGUGGCUGGGCGGCGAACGCACCGCCUUCAAGGCGCUGGCCUUCGGCUUCGGCGCACGCCAGUGCAUCGGGCGGCGGCUGGCCGAGGCCGAGAUGAUGCUCUUCCUGCUGCACGUGCUGCGCAACUUCUCGGUCGAGACGGCCUCCACCGAGGACCUCGGCACCGUCUUCGGCUUCAUUCUGAUGCCCGAGAAGCCGCCGCUGCUCACCUUCCGGCCCCUCGAGUGAUGGUGCCGGGGGGCACGGCGCGGUGGGACCCCCCCAAGCAGGGCCCCCCCCGGCCCCCCGCCGCCGCCGCAAUAAAGCCUCGUCGC